AUGACUUCGACACUUGAGCAGCCAAAGUCUGUGGUCACUGAACAGGAGAUGACCGAGUGUUCGUCAGGAUUUGAUGUCAGGCCAUCUGGAAGGUCAAAGGUCGUUUUGUCCAGGACUAAAAGAUUGAGUAGUGAGCACUCCGAGCUCUACAUGACCGAACUUCCACAAAAUGAAACCGAGGAGGAAAGCUUACAAAAUAUUAGUACCCGGGAUGUCACCACUAGCAACAAAGUCAAUAACAAAAGUAUUCGGAAUAAAAAAAAGAAGAACUUAGAACAAUCUGAUGUGAAGAGGGAGAUAUAUAAAAGAGAGUGCGCCAAAUGUCACGUGGUUCCUGUCGGUGCAUAUCUCCGAACGCCGUCCAGUGGCUCCCUUGUCAUACGUCACUACAACCUAGGUCCGAACGGCGCAAAGGCUUUGUCCGCCCCGCUGAUGUUGGAUGAUACAGUUACACAUGUAGACAUUGUUGGUAACGCUAUAGAGGUACAAGGAUUGGUCUUCCUCCUUCAAGCUCUCGCCGACAACCGAUCGGUACAACACUUGGACAUAUCUGAUAACAAUCUGACGAGUACAGGAGCCAAAGUUUUAGGAGACUUCAUACGUACCAAUAAAAACACAACUCUGGAAAAUCUUAUAAUGUCUGAAAAUUGCUUCAAAGAUGAAGAUGGACUGUACUUUGCUGAGGCUAUACAGGAAAACAAAUCUUUGAAGGAGAUAGUGUUGUCCCAUAAUCUGUUUGGGGACGUUAGUGGUCCAGCCUUCGGGAAAGCCCUCGCCGUGAACAGCACUCUGGAGACAUUCGACAUUAGUUGGAACCAAAUUCGUCAAAAGAGUGCAGCAUUAUUUGUGAAACGGUUAAAAGCUAACGUUGGACUGACACGACUUAAUGUGGGGUUUAACGGAUUGGGUUCGGAAGGAGCAACCGAAAUGGUGUCUCUUUUGAAAACCAACAAAAGCCUGUUGGAGUUGGAUCUCUCUCACAACAGACUAAAGGACCUCGAUACCGUGCCUCUCGCGAAGGGUCUUGCCAAGAACAGCACAUUGAAGGUUCUUCGGAUCGGUGACAAUCUGCUGACGUCUGUCGGGGCUACAGCCAUAUUGCAUAGCCUCUACGACCCACUCUCUGUUUGUGUUUUACAGACGCUGGAUUUUCAUAAUACCAGUGUUGAUCUCGCCUUCGAGCGUUACCUGAAGGAGAUCAAAGUGGACAGAAAUAUAAACGUGAUACACGGAAAGAUAAUGACGGUGGGUGAUCCGCCCCAGCCAACCAAAACAUAUAUCCGUGUGAAAGCACGGGACAAGAAAAGCAAAGAAGACCAAAGAAACAAAGCGAAAACAACUUCCGGUAUCAACACCAUGACAACGAAGCGGUGA